GAAGCCUGGGGCAGACCCGCCAGCCGGACUGACAGACUGUCUUCCCCUCCUCCCCCCGCGCUCACCAUGAACCGGGCUCACCGGCACGGUGCGGGCAGCGGCUGCCUGGGUACCAUGGAGGUGAAGAGCAAGUUUGGAGCAGAAUUUCGUCGAUUUUCUCUGGAAAGAUCUAAACCUGGAAGAUUUGAAGAGUUUUAUGGAUUACUGCAGCAUGUUCAUAAGAUACCCAAUGUUGAAGUUUUAGUAGGUUAUGCAGAUGUUCAUGGAGACUUACUGCCUAUAAACAAUGAUGAUAACUAUCAUAAAGCUGUUUCAACAGCCAAUCCACUGCUUAGGAUUUUUAUACAAAAAAAAGAAGAAGCAGACUACAGUGCCUUUGGUACAGAUACGCUAACAAAGAAGAAGAACGUCUUGACAAAUGUAUUACGUCCUGAUUAUCAUAAAAAGAAACCAAAUAUAGUUAUUAGCCUACCACAAGACUUUAGACCAGUGUCUUCCAUUAUAGAUGUGGAUAUUCUCCCAGAAACACACCGCAGAGUUCGUCUUUACAAAUAUGGAACAGAAAAACCACUGGGAUUCUAUAUCCGAGAUGGCUCUAGCGUAAGAGUCACACCACAUGGCCUGGAAAAAGUACCAGGGAUUUUCAUAUCCAGGCUUGUUCCGGGUGGAUUGGCUCAGAGUACUGGCUUACUGGCAGUUAAUGAUGAAGUUUUAGAAGUUAAUGGAAUAGAAGUUUCAGGGAAAAGUCUUGAUCAAGUUACGGACAUGAUGAUUGCAAACAGUCGUAACCUGAUUAUAACCGUGAGACCAGCAAAUCAGAGAAAUAAUGUUGUCAGGAAUAGUCGGACUUCUGGCAGUUCAGGUCAGUCUACUGAUAACAGCCUUAUCAGCUACUCACCUCACAUUGAGACAAAUUUUGAUCCUAAAGAUGAAGAGAGUGAUGAAGAAGACAUAAUUAUUGAAGAUAAUGGAAUGCCUCAGCAAAUACCCAAAGCAGUUCCUACUGCUGAGAGCUUAGAAUCACUAACACAAAUUGAACUCAGUUUUGAGUCAGCACAGAAUGGUUUUAUUCCUAAUGAUGGGAAUUUACCGCACACGAGUGGCACAAAGAUGGAACAUGAAAUACUUGCUUCUGAUCAAAAACCACUAGAAGAAGAUGGGACGAUUAUAACAUUAUGAUAUUUGUUAUUUGAGUGGCUUCUUAAAAUGAAGGUGCCAUAGAACUUUAUAUUUGGCUAUUUAAAAGCAUAUGUACCUCUGUACCAGUGACAUAAAGUAGAAAUGCAAACAAUAAUUAAGAUUUAAAAUGUUGUUUGAUCUUGCUAAUGUAAAUACCCAUCAUGGAUUAGAGGUGAAUUUGAGCAUUUGGAAGUGAAAUUUACUUCUGACAUUGUAAGAAUUACUAUUAUAGUAAAGGGGUACAUUUUCAGUACUGCAAAAUGAAUUUGAUCAUUUCCAUUUGAAGUGGUUAUAUAUUUAACCUGCCAUGCAGAGCCCAGUAAAACUAUUCUGUAUUAAUGCUCUUAGCUACAAUCUAAUGAUACUAAUGUGAAAGUUUGAUUUUGCCUCCUCUGGUACCUUAAGGACCAGUUCUCUUCUCUUGGUUUACAGUAUUUUAUGACUUUGAUUUCUUGCAUUAUGCUUAUUUUGCUAAUUGCAAUAUAAUACUUUGUGUUAACUUUCAAAGAAAUCAAAAUAAUCAGCAGCUUAAAAAUUGUUUACGAAGCAUAGAAGUGAUUCCUAAAUGCAAUAAAGUUUUGUGAAAGUUGUUUUAAGAUAGUACUCACAUAUACCAUACCUUGGCAAACUAAUGACAUAGUUAAUCCAUCUGGUUAUAACUUCUCAUCUUAUUUUCUUUUUUGUUUUGUGCUGAUUUGGAGAGAAUCUCAAGACAAUUCCUUUUUAUUGCUUCUUAUAGGAAAAUUUCUUUGUUUCUAUUUGUGUGUACAUUUGUGCCUUUCUAAUGUGAAUUUUCUUGUGUGUAAAUAUGCACUUGGAUUAAGAGAAGAGAACUACAUACACAUAGGACAAACUUAUGCACUUUUUUACAAAGAUUUUUGGUUUUCAUUUAUGGUACUGCUCUCUGGAUUACGGAAAGGACAAACUGGCAAGUGAAGUACAUUUACAUUAAUUUUUUGAGAGGAUAUUUAUUGCUUUCACACAGGCAUCCAAAUAGAACUAGUAAUGCUGCUAACUUUCAUUCUUUGCUUAAUUUUUUUGUAUUUAUAAUUAUCAUGUGCAUGAACACUGUAUAUAGAACUUAAGACUAUUAUAAAGAAAUGCAUGUUUCCUUUUUAAGAUUUAUGGACACUUUCCCUGAACUAAUUAUUUAUUAAUUAACUUUAUGAUGGGAUUAGUGUGAAUGCCUUUAUAAUAUGUGCUAUUAAGAUGAAGAAUUAAAUGACUCCCAUUUUGAAGGAUUUAUAUGUAAUAAAAUUAUGUGAAGAAUGAAAGUAUUGCUAAAAUAAUGAAUAUCUAACACAGGAUAUCUAACUUAAAUAUGUUUUGUUUAUAGUACCACUAAACUAAUACUGACUGCACAGCAUUAUAUAAAAGGUUUUAUAUACUAGUUCUUUUUAAAUUUACUUGGGUUCUUCCAUUCAUAUUCCACUGUUUUUAAAGCAACUUUGGAAUGGAAUAACAAUAAAAAGUUAGCACAUAGGUUGUUCAACCUUUUUAUAUGUUAAUGGUGCAGGGGUUCAAGUUAAGCUUUUAAAAUAUAAACACUAGCCUUUCACACACUACCUCUUAAUUUUUUAUUUUACAAAGUUAAUGUCUAAGCUUUUUUCUUGGAAAAAUUCAGGACUUUAUACUGUUUUUAAACAAUCCAAAUUUAGUUUUGUCAUAAUAUUUCCAAGUUUCCAAAAAUGGAAAGUCAAAGCUGCUAGCACAACAUUUUUUGUACUAAUUAUCAUGUUUAAGGAUAUAGGUAAACUUGAUUGUCAACCAGACUUCUUUAAAUUAAGGAUAGAGCAAUUGGAAAAUGAUUUAUUUUUAAGAUUAUCAUAAAAAUUAAAUUUUGUUAUUACAUGAUAAAAAUGACAAUUUAUUGGUGGUCUGAACAGAGAUUACUUCCAAGUGCAUCUUAUUAAUACAUAGCACAUUCUGGAUUUAGAACUUGUUUUCUAAAAUUAUUUUUAUCUUAUGAUACUAAAAAACUGAACUGUGAAAUUUUAUGUUAUGUAUUGAGUUUAGGACAAUGUUCUCAUGAGCUGUCAACAAAAUAUGUGAAUAUUAUGAAUUUUCUAAUUAAAUUUUACAUGCUAUGUGAUUUUUACAUGAAUGAGACUUGUGUAAACUAUUAAAUGUCAGUAUUUUUACUACAACUUUAAUAUAAAUGUACAUUGAUAUUUCACUAAAUGAACAUUGAUUUUUGAGGAAUCAAAUUAGUUUUAGUGGUAUUUUUUAUAAACUAUAAUAAAAAAGUCUUAUAUUAACAUUA